CUGAAAUCAAAAUUAGGCCGUCUUCAACCAGACUACUCCGUAUAAGAAAUUGCCAGCCUUGCAGCCCGUGUUGUACCGGAUACACUCCACUCCGGUUGCCACUGUUUCAGAUAAUCAGAUUUUGAGUGUCGCUUGAUAUCAGCCCCGUAGUGUCUACGGUAUAAUCCAAAUAUAGGAAAAUGGGAUCUCCUUUUGGUCAUCGCCACUCUCGCCAUGGCUGCGAAGAUGAUCCGCCGCCAACGGGUCUCAGCUAUGUCCACCACACCUCUCACGUAGGCGGUCGUGAGCCACACCCACCACCUUUCGGAUAUCCAACUCCACCAGAAGUUGGAUACGUCCAACAUCCUGAACCGCAUAACCGGCCUUCUCCGCCUCCUCCAUCCGUGCACCACCCUGAACCUGAACCGUAUGGCCGGCCUUACCCGCCUCCACCAGCCGUCUACCACCCUGAACCCCACGGAGGUACUUAUCCUCCACCGCCAGCUAUCCACCAGAAUGAACCCUACGGUGCUCAUCAUCCAUCGCCAGCUGUCCACCAUGUCUCUCACGAAAGCUAUCAGCAUGGAUUUCAGUCCAAUACACCUGAUGUUGUGUACAAGCAAUCGCAUCCGCACCUCCCGGAGAUCAGUAAUCGGCCUACUGUUCGUGUUUUCUGCAAAGCCGGAACUAAUCACUCGCUCUCAAUCCGCAAUGGGAAGGUCAUUCUGGCCCCUACAGAUCUAUCUGAUGAAUAUCAACACUGGAUCAAAGAUGAGAAGCUGAGCACAAAAGUUAAGGAUGAAGAGGGACUCCCCAGCUUUGCUCUGGUGAAUAAAGUUACAGGGGAAGCUAUCAAGCAUUCUAUUGGUGCCACUCAGCCGGUGCAGCUCACCCCUUACAAUCCUAGUCAUCUUGAUGAAUCAAUCUUGUGGACGGAGAGCAAGGACACAGGGGAUGGGUAUAAAGCAAUCAGAAUGGUUAAUAACAUUCGCCUCAAUAUGGAUGCAUUCCAUGGGGAUGAAGACCACGGGGGUGUCCAUGACGGGACUACCAUUGUUCUCUGGGAAUGGACAAAAGGAAAAAACCAAAAAUGGAAAAUCAUCCCCUAUUAAACUGACUACAUAUUGCAACUAUCAAGUAUCAAGGCAAGCUGCAUGUAUCCUGUUAACUGUAUUUGCAUGACCUUUAAUCCUCGGUGAUUAUAUUAAUGAAGCGAUGCAUUGUUUGUACUCUGUAGUCUGUACAAGUAAUGUAAAUUUGUACACUGCCAAUUUCAUACUUACCAGUUACCAAGUUACCUUUAAUCCUUGGUGAAUAUAUUAAUUAAGUGAUGCAUUGUUUGUAUGAGUAAUAAAUAAUUGUUACCAGACAAUUGCAUAGUUUAUUACGGUAUGUGUAACGAAUAUCAUACAUCAUGACUUCAUGAGUUUGUAUCUAUUCAUCUUUUCAGCUUCUC